AUGAAGCUUUCUCUCAAUAUGAUAAGAAAUGCAAAUAUUAGUUUCAAAUAUUUCAAUUUUAGAAUCAAACAAGCACAAAUACUUACUAAACCUGAUGAAUAUCAAGAUCUCUUGUCAAAAAUUAAUCAUGUAUCACCUUCAAAGGACUGGAACUGUCUUCAA